AUAUAGCAUUGAAAAUUCUGAAAACAGAUACCAACAUAGCAAAUGCCGACACUGAAUGCCGGUGGGAAGCAUUGGAAAUGUUGGCCAAGAAACCUGCAUUCUCAAUUGGCAGCGAAAGUCGGCUAUCAUUCUGGAAAAGUCUCUUAAACUCCUAUUCUUUUCUCAACCUCUAUGGGUUCAAAGGGAUCUGUCACAAAGCUUUGACGAAGACAUUAGCUCAUCAAUUAGUUGAAAUUUUUUUGAAAAGGGAUGGAAUCAAAGACGACCUGAGCUCACCAGAAUUGGUUGACAAGUAUAUGGCUUUAAUUUUUGAAGCUGUAAAAGUUGGAAAUGUUGGAUUUCUAAUUGUACUUUCACGCUCUUAUCCUUCCCUUAUCUGGCAACAAGACAAAAAUAACAUGAGUAUAUUUCACACUGCUAUUUUACAUCGGCAAGAGAGUGUAUUCAAUCUAAUAUAUGAACUAGGUGCUGGCAUGCAUAGCCUUGCAUCCUAUGAUACCGAAGAUAACAAAGAGAACAUGUUGCAUUUAGCUGGCAAAUUAGCUCCUGCAGAUCGACUAAAUAUCGUAUCAGGAGCAGCCCUUCAAAUGCAACGGGAGUUGUUGUGGUUUAAGGAGAUCGAAAAGAUUGUCCCUCAGAAAUACUUGAAGAGUAAGAAUAGGGAUAACAAAACACCUAAGGAGAUAUUUGUAGAGACACAUAAAGAUUUGAAGAAAGAUGGUGAAAAAUGGAUGAAGGACACAGCAAACUAUUGCAUGCUUGUGGCGACAUUAAUUGCCACUGUGAUUUUUGCUGCAGCCUUCACUGUACCAGGUGGCAGCAAUCAAGUAACAGGGAUUCCUCUUCUUUUUGGGAAGAAAGGGUUGAUGGUAUUCUUCAUAUCAGAUGCAAUAGCACUAUGUUCCUCUUCGACUUCAAUAGUAAUUUUUUUGUCAAUUCUCACGUCCUGUUACACAGAAGAUGAUUUCUUAAAGUCAUUACCUUCAAAGUUGCUAUUUGGACUUGCCACCCUCUUCAUCUCCAUGGCUUUCAUGAUGGUAGCCUUCAUCGCAACUUUCUUUUUGGUGUGUACAAGAAGAGGAUGGGCAUGGACCGCAGGUGUUGUAAUCACUUCCGCUAGUAUCCCAAUUCUUUCGUUUGGCUGGCUACAUUGUAAAAUUUGGGUUGAUACAUUCCGCUCAACAUACAAGUCUAGAUUUCUUUUUCGGCCACAUAAACAUAGACUUUUCUAGCGGAAGAUGCCGGUUGGAGAAUUGAUUAUCUCAAAAUACGAAAUGGAAGGCAAACAAAAAGGAACAAAAGUUGUCGGAGGUUCACAAGAUAUUUAACAAGGCCAAUGAAUAUAGAGAUAGUAUCUCAUCUCUAAGUAGUUGUUGGUAUGUGUUUAAUUCCGUUAGACGCCUUUACAAGUUUUCAGACUUGGUUGGAAUACUAAAGUCCAACUCCAUUUCCAUGGUUUUUGUGAAAUGCUGAUCACUGUAAUAAAUCCUCAAGUCCAGAACUGCAUUGCACUCAGGUUGGAUUGAUUUGUUUUGAAGGUGUAUCAAUCCAUUACACAGUGAUUAUCUUCUGUACGAAGGUAUUUGUUUGUCUAA